UCAUAUGUUGCCAGAACGAAUCUCGUUCAAUCUCCGCCAGACAGUCUCAUUUUUUGCCUUGAACCGGACGGAUCCAAUAAGCCGGAGAAAUGUCGAAUAACAAAACCCGGAUGGUGCUGCUACUUGUUGUGGCCAUCGUCGGCGCGGCAAUUGCCUCCAGCAUUCCGGACGAUUUGGCCCACAAUCCCCUUGAAUACGAUUCACUCCACAACAAACACUUCGACGGCGGCGAGCACAAUUCCCAGUUCGACCACGAGGCCUUCCUGGGCCCCGAUGAGUCCAAGAAGUUCGAUGGCCUUACGCCCGAGGAGAGCAGGCGUCGGUUGGGCCUGAUUGUGGACCGCAUCGAUGAGAAUAAGGAUGGGCUUAUCAAUCUGUCGGAGCUCAAGAACUGGAUCGCCUACACCCAGCGGCGGUACAUCGAGGAGGAUGUGAACCGCGUUUGGAAACGUAACAAUCCGGAUAACAACAAAACCAUAAAUUGGGAGACUUACCAGAAGGCCGUUUACGGUUUCUUGGAGGAUUUGAGCCCCGAAGAGCAGGAAGAGGAGGAUAAUGGUGUCAGCUACAAAAACAUUCUAAAACGUGAUCGUUUCCGCUGGUCGACGGCUGACAAGGACUUGGAUGAUUGUCUCACCAAGGAGGAGUUCACUGCCUUUCUGCAUCCCGAAGAUCAUCCCUCAAUGAAGGAUCUGGUGCUGCACGAGACAUUCAGUGAUUUGGACAAGGACAAGGAUGGGAAGAUCUCUGUGGAUGAGUAUAUUGGAGACAUGUUCCGACCCUCCAGUGAGGAUGAUGAAGAGCCCGAGUGGGUGGCCAAUGAGCGUGAGGCCUUCUCACUGCAUCGCGAUAUCGACAACGAUGGCUAUUUGAAUGAGGAGGAGGUGAAGCUGUGGAUCACGCCCCAGGACUUUGAUCACUCGGAGACUGAGGCCAAGCAUCUGAUCUUUGAGGCUGAUGUCGAUCAUGACGAGCAGCUGACCAAGGCGGAAGUUCUGGACAAAUACGAUGUCUUCGUAGGCUCCCAGGCCACCGAUUUCGGAGAGGCCCUUGCCCGUCACGACGAGUUCUAGGGCCUAGAGAUUAAGAUUGAUUAAGAAUGAUCAUACAUCUACGAUAAGACGAUUGAGAGUACAUUAUACAAUGACAUGAAUGCGAGGAUCCGACUAAUUGAUUUGAUGUGAUUUGUUUAAUUGAAAGGCGUCCACGUCAGCUCUUGUGGAGCAUCGACAGCCACGUCACUGGAACGGACGCACACACAGUCACACACUAGCAUGACCCCUGCCCCCAUUUUUCCCGGUCCUCGCCAUAGAUACGCCACCGCAUUUGCCUGUGUAACAUACAUACAUAAACAUAAAUGAUUUUCGCUGUUGCCUCGAUUCACUUCCAGCUGCGAGAACAUUCCAUGACCAUAUGUGUGAGCGAAAUGAGAGAGUGCACUGGAAAUAAAUGUGGAAAAGGUCAAAGAAAGGAAAAUUGUAAAUAAAUCCUUUGGAUCGUAGUCAAAAAUU